GAAAAUAUUUGUUUGAAUUGAUUCAUCUGAACCACACUGCAGUCGGCCAGUCGCCAUUGCCUCCGCCGCCUCCGCCUCAGCGCAUCAGUCGUGUUAACUGAAUCCGCUUCAGUUCAGCCUAGUUUUGAGUUGUAAAAUGGGUGAGAAGAAGAAGGCAGGUGCUAUGUUAGUCCGGCUUGUAUCGGCUGCUGGAACUGGAUUCUUCUAUGUCGUGAAGAAGACAAAGAGGCUCCACACCAACAAUAUCAAGCUGGAGUUCCGAAAGUACGAUCCUCGUGUCAAUCACCAUGUUUUGUUUACGGAGGCAAAGAUGAAGUGAGUAUAACUUCUAUUUGUAGGUUGCCAAUGCUGUUAGGUUUAAAUAAUAUUUCAUUGGUCCAAUAUAUCCGUAUGUUUGGACUGAAACUCUUGAAAUCACAUAUUAUAUACCGUUUGAAGUUUAAAUUUGAAUGUGUUAUGUUGAUUCUGCUUA